AGUUGCUCCCUUUCUCUUCUUGGGUCAAAACUUUUGAGGUGGGCUGGAUAGCUAACAGAAGGGAAAAGGGUAGACCUGGGCACACCAGGUGGAGGCGCUUCAGCACCUCGGCCAGAGCCCGCUGCAGCCGGUCCCAGCCUUCUGAGCUCCCCAACUCCCUACUCUGAGAUGCCUGCGGAAUGAUCGCCCCCCAGGGCGGCUGCUGCUGCUGCUGCCGCUGCUGCUAUUGCUGCCGCCGCCGUCUCUGCCUCCACUGUGUUCUGACUGGCAGGCAGAAAGUGCAACUGACGUGGGAAAGGUCUCCGCAGUGAGUGGAGUGGCUACAUAAAACAGAGUAAAGAGAGGCAAAAACCCACAUCAGAAUGCAGGCGAGGUCCAGCCUUCUCAACCUCCUUCUUCUGUCUUUACUUGCUGGAUUAGAUCCUUCCAAGACUCAGAUUAGCCCUAAAGAAGGGUGGCAAGUGUACAGCUCAGCACAGGACCCUGAUGGCCGAUGCAUUUGUACAGUGGUGGCUCCAGAACAAAACCUGUGUUCCCGAGAUGCCAAAAGCAGACAGCUUCGCCAGCUUCUGGAAAAGGUACAGAAUAUGUCCCAGUCUAUAGAAGUCUUAAACUUGAGAACUCAGAGAGAUUUCCAGUAUGUCCUAAAAAUGGAAACCCAAAUGAAAGGGUUGAAGGCCAAGUUUCGGCAGAUUGAAGAUGAUCGGAAGACACUAAUGACCAAGCAUUUUCAGGAACUGAAAGAGAAAAUGGAUGAGCUACUGCCCCUGAUCCCAGUGUUGGAGCAGUACAAAACAGAUGCCAAGCUCAUCACACAGUUCAAGGAAGAAAUUCGGAAUCUGUCCUCAGUACUCACUGGGAUUCAGGAGGAAAUCGGUGCCUAUGACUAUGAAGAACUGCACCAACGGGUCCUCAGCUUAGAGACCAGGCUACGUGACUGCAUGAAAAAGCUAACAUGUGGCAAAUUGAUGAAGAUCACAGGCCCCAUCACAGUCAAGACAUCUGGAACUCGAUUUGGUGCAUGGAUGACGGAUCCCUUAGCAUCUGAAAAACAUAACAGAGUCUGGUAUAUGGACAGUUACACUAACAAUAAAAUAGUACGUGAAUACAAGUCCAUUGCAGACUUUGUCAGUGGAGCUGAAUCAAGGACAUACAACCUCCCUUUCAAGUGGGCAGGAACUAACCAUGUUGUCUACAAUGGCUCACUCUAUUUUAACAAGUAUCAGAGUAAUAUCAUCAUCAAGUACAGCUUUGAUUUAGGGAGAGUUCUAGCCCAAAGAAGCCUGGAGUAUGCUGGCUUUCACAACGUAUACCCCUACACAUGGGGUGGAUUCUCUGACAUCGACCUAAUGGCUGAUGAAAUUGGCCUGUGGGCUGUGUAUGCAACUAACCAAAAUGCAGGCAAUAUUGUCAUCAGCCAGCUUAAUCAAGAUACCUUAGAGGUGAUGAAGAGCUGGAGUACCGGCUACCCUAAGAGAAGUGCAGGGGAAUCCUUCAUGAUUUGUGGGACUCUGUAUGUCACCAACUCCCACCUCACUGGAGCCAAAGUGUAUUAUUCCUAUUCCACAAAAACUUCCACAUAUGAGUACACGGACAUCCCCUUCCAUAAUCAAUACUUCCACAUAUCCAUGCUUGACUACAAUGCAAGAGAUAGAGCUCUUUAUGCCUGGAACAAUGGUCACCAGGUCCUGUUUAAUGUCACCUUAUUCCACAUAAUUAAGACUGAAGAUGACACAUAGGCAAACGUCAUUUUUAAAUCUAUCUACACUGUCAUUUAUGAUAAACUCUAUAGAACCCUAUAUGUGUUCAAUUUUACUCCUUGGCUGACAUGUCAUCGUUUCUCCAAAGCAAAGCAUUUUAUUGUAUAUUUGGAGUUUCAAAAAGUAUUUGUCUAAGCUAAUAUUUUGGAAAUACAUCUUAACACCUAAAUUUAUAGGGCCUAUCAUGCCCUUGUCAUGCAAAGCACUAAAAAGAGUUUAAGUGGCUAGAGUCAUAGUUUUGCAAAAGAUUAAUGAUCUACCUUGUAUUAGAAUCAGACUAAUUGUGGCUUAAAUGCAUGAAUGUCUUCUUUUCUGCACUGUCAAUAUUUUUUACUGUCUCUUGCUCUACAUCCAGAAAUAUUUUCAUAGGACUUAAGGUAAAAGAAAAGCACUUCCCCAAAUUUAUUUCUAUAAAAAGAUUUGAAGAUUUUAUUUAUGUGAAAAAUACUAUCAGUCAUAUUUCUGUAACCACAUUCUCUGACGCGGUGCUGUGCAGUCAUUUCUAAAUGUCUUGCUGACAUUUUCUUGGCAAUAUGUAUUUCUAUCAUUGUAACCACCAUCUUACAAUUGUAUUUCUUCACUUCUGUGAAAGUAAUAUUUUUUAUAAAAUGCACUAAAAUUUAAUCUCAGCAAUUACUCAAGUGAGUUUUCAAGUGUGGCCAAGAAAGAUCUUUUUGGCUUACCCUUUCACAUAAGCACUAUAACUUAAAGAAAUAAAAUCAAGUCAGGUAUCCAGAAUCUCUGUUUUGUCCCAAGUUCAUUCUCCCAUUGACUCUGAAUUUGAAAUUCACCAAUUGAAUGCACCAGUUCAAUGUAGUGAUACCCAGUUUCCUGGAAGUAGCCCACAAAAUUGUUUGUAAAAUAUGUGUCUGUGUUAUAGACUGCAUUUGAUCCUAUUCAUUUAUCAUUGCUAGUGUUAUUAUAUAUAUGCAUACAUAUUAGUAUUUUAACAUAUUUUACAUACAACCUUCAAUGAUGUCAUUUCUUAUAAAAAAUAUGAAGCACAUGAAGUUUAUUAAGGAAAGAAAAUUUAUGUAAUUUUUUUCUAUAUUAAAAUUAUGAACCCUAGAGUGUUAUUGGUAAGCUUGCACAAAAGAAAAUGAUGAAAAGAAUCAGGGAGUCACCUUUGGUAUCAAAUGUAUAAGUAAUCAAUUCAGAAAAAUGAAACCUUGUCUCACAGUACAUUCAAAAUUAAAAAAAAACUGAAAAGCAAAAAUUUGUUAGCAUUCAUAUUACUAAUUCUACAGAAGAUAAAACCAAUGAGCUAAAUGUAACUUCUAUAUUUUAAAAAGAAAUCCCCUAAGGCAGCUUUAUUGAAACUAAUAAGGGUAUAUUUUAAAAUUUUAAAAAUAUAAUCUAAAAUAUAGCAUAUAGCAUAAAGUUUAACUUUUUGUGUCAUACAUAUAAUACCACACCACAUUUUAAAAUAAGCAUAAGAUAAAGAAGACAAAGCACUCUGUAGACAGAUAGUGAUGCUUAUAGUAAUUCAUUUCAAAUUCUGCAAGUGAAGAGUUCUCAUAUAUCAUUACGUCAAAAUUGGACAAUGUAAUUAAUUAAUCUUGAAACUCAAGGUUAAAUAUGUAGCAGCUAUUUUUUGUCAACAAAACAUACGCAUGAUCUGACAGUCACCCUGCGUUUUUAAAUAAUGGUGUCUUCUGUUCUCAAACAUUUACAUAAGUUCCUGUAUACAAAGGAGAGUCAGAAAAUUUAGGAGAUUCAUUUGUCAAACUACACAUAUCACAAAAGUAAGCAGUUCAUACUUUAUAUAGCAAUCUGUAUAAGGUAAAAAUCAUGUCAGCUUUAGAAAUGAAUCAAGUUUUAAGUAGACAGACUCUAAUAGGAACCACUCAUGUUAUGUUAUGUGGUAUCACAUACAUUUAAAAUAUGGAUGACCAUGACUUAUUUGUGAGGUGUGUGCAUCUUGUACAGAGCCUUGUUGUUUUCUAUGUAUGAUUUCAUCACCUAUCAAAUAUAUAGUGUAUGUGCUGUUAGAACAAGAUAAGAUUUUGUUGUCACCAGAAGUGGGGUAACAUGAUCUUAAAAUAUGACUUGCAUUAAACAUUUACAGUUGAGGAGCAUUUCCUUAAUAAAUUAUGUUCAGUUUUGUGCCUGAAAUAAAUAAGAACUUAAUCACUGUUUCCUUUUUAAUCUCCAGCAAAUAAAGUAAUUUUAUGAGUAGAAUAAUGCAUAUUUUAAAGUUAUUCAUAGAAUCUAAGCUCAGAAAAUCCUCAUCUGAAGUGAACUAUGUAACUGGUAUUUUCUAAAUUAAUCAGAUCAUUAAAGUAAUCUGUGUAAUUCAAAUAAUA